CGUGACCACAGAGUUCGCCAGCCGCCAGGUGCGACUAGUGAGUGGUUGGUUGGUGGGUGGGUGCGGCGUGCGGCUCUGAUAAGUCGUAGGUUACGUCUUCUCUGCAGCGAGCAACAGGUCAGCACAGCAGACCUUGUGUUCCGCCGACCUUGCUGCACACGACGUUACGCAGGACCCAGCAGAGCUCUUUUUAGGGUUCACGUAGCAGACUCAAGCGUGACGUGUCCUUGAACUCUGGCCCGAAGGCUGUCACACGUAUCCGCUCAUCCAGACUGGAAAAGAGCUAUAAGGACGUGUGUGUGUCUGGCUGAUCUCCCACACAUACACACACACACACACACACACACACACACACACACACACACACACACCGCCGCCAUGAAGCCUGACGCCCUCACCUUCCUCAGUGUGGCCGCCUUGCUUGGCGCGGCUUGGGGAGUGUCAGUGGGACCUGUGCACCUCCUCAACAACCAGUCUUACAUCUCCUUUGGCCUCAAGCCUUCACCAAAUAGGAGCGUUAUUCUGUGUCCCUACCAGCUGACUGCGGGGGAGGAGGUGCAGCGCGUGUACUGGGAGAUGUGGGACGACUUUGAACAAGUGGGUACCUAUGAGUGGCGCCCUGCUACCGGAGGACAGGCAGCCACCGGCAGACUAGAGGGCGUGGUGGAGCUGAAUCGGGAUGACGGAGAACUGGAACUGACCAAAUUGAGGUACGACCUGGCUGGUGAUUACUUGUGCGGCGUAGAUCUCACCAACGGCCAGAGCAAGAACUCCAGCAAAGAGCAGGUGCUCAUAGUAGACAUGAGUGGAAGCAGUUCUCACAGCACGUACUUUGAUCACUGCCGUGCCGUCAAUAGCUUCACGUCGCCAGCGACAUAUCCGGAGCCCACACUGCGUGCUGGACUGUAUCUAGAAGGGUCAGAGACAUUCUACAAAGAAGUCUCUGGUAAAGACUGGAUGAAGGUCGUGCAUCCCAAUGGCUCCAUAACUUAUUCUUACGACAAAGUCAGCUUCGAGAUCGACAAGAACAGUCCCUUGGACAUUGUCUUCAAACUCAAGAUGGGCUUCACCAAGUCCGAUGGAACGUACAUUUCUAUCAGCAGCUUCUCCAGCAGCAGCCCUUCGUGGAUUGAACAUGGCUGCCCUGAUGUGAAGGAGAGGGACCACAAGGGGGUGCGCUACUUCCCGAGCCACAAUAUCGUCUGCCGCGGCGGACACAAGAACACGACCAAGGCCACAGUGACGUGCGACAGCGGCUACCGGUCUGCCGGGGACGUGAGCAUCGUGGUGAUGAGGUGCAAUGGCGCGACGCGCACCUGGCAGCCGGAGAAAGGCACCACUGCCACCUUUGACGACCUCAAGUGUGUGGUGGACGAAGGAAAGGACGGAAACAAUGAAAACAACAACAACAAGGCAGUCGUCAGCACUGGAAGUCCCAGCCUGGCCUUGCUCUUCGCCUCUGUGUUUGGUGUCGUUCUUCUCUUCGGCUCCAUUCACGCUUCACAGGGAAUCCUCAAUGCUGUCACCAGUGAAACGAUGCAAGGUCCCAGAAACACAAGGGCGGAGAGGAAAUGUAGUGGAUUCAGUAGUACGGGAUCUGCCAAGGAGGUGUUGGUUGUGGCUGGAGAGGAGAGGAACCGAACAGGACAAGAAUUGCGGGCGAGACAAAACUAUUCCUACAGAACAAAGCACAGUGUGAACUCCCUGUCUGUGACCUCUGCGCUGAGGAUGGGUUUGGUGCAUCUCCCUCACGACAACCGCUACAUCAACUACACAAAAGGAGCCUCGCCCGACAACAGCCUGCUGGAGUGUGUGCACCACCUGGAUGAGGAGGAGCAGGUGGCCACGGUGUCCUGGACGCUGUGGGACACCAUGAACACCGUGGGAACCUUUGAGUGGCAUAGCGCCGAUCCUGAAGCAGCCGUAGCCACUGGGAAGCUGGAGGGUGUGGUGGCGCUGGGGCGAGACGAUGGAUUCCUGGAGCUGCUUGAUCUGAGGUACGACUUGAGCGGCGAGUAUUCCUGCGCCGUGACACUUACCAACGGGAAGAGAGUUGAGACAGCCAAGUGGGAGGUGCUCAUCGUAGAAAGUAGAUCGCAUCUGUCCAUUCUGCAUCGGUCACUCUCGGAAUGCACGUACACCACCAGCUACUCCACGCUGGCUAUGUUCCCCAAGCCCUCAGUGCGCGCCGGCCUCUACUCAGAAUCCCUGGGAGGCUUCUACAAGGAGUUGCCUGCGUCUCAGUGGCGUGUUGAGGCGUACGAGAACGGAUCUUUCACUCACUCUUACAACCAAGUGUCCUUCGAGCUCGACGCCAAGACGCCCAUGGACGUGAGUUUCUACGUAACAGUGGGAAUUAUGAAGAGUGACAGCAACUACAUCCCCGUCAGCUCAGCCAUGGACAAGCACAUCAUCCUGCACCAGCUGGGGUGUCCUGAGCCCAAGAUAGAGGCGUACCAGCAGCUGGAGUACCACCGCGACACCAUCACUUGCCGCGGGGAGCACAAGGAGGCGGAGGCCACCGCGACGUGCAAGGAAGGCUUCAAGGCAGACGGAGACGUGGAGGAAGUGUUGAUCAGAUGUAAUGAGAAGACGCUGACAUGGGUGCUGGAGGACGGAACACCGGCAAGGAGGGAGCAUCUGCGGUGUGUUAUCGACGGCGCCUCCAGUACCGCCUCAGUUUCCGCUGUGCUGCUCUGCGUCGCCCUCGUCUUCCAAAGGCUCCUGCUCCUCUAGGCGGCAAGACGCGGUGGGAUACAGCAGGAGAAAGACUUCGUUCAUGCCACAGAAUCACGAAUCAGGCCAAGCGAUCGUUUUAUGUACACAGCAGAGAAUGCCUGCACGAACCUGGCCUGCUACAUCUCGGUACUUAUACUAAAUAUCUAUAUGUAACACUUACUUUAGAGUAGAGUAGCUGCACGGAAAGUAUGAUUGAUGAGUUAGACAAAUAUAGUACGUUUAUUCUUUAUGUAGAGAGCACAUUUUGCACCAAAGACGUAACUGGUUUGAACUAAGAGUUACUUAUUUGUUGUACACGCCUGGUGAAUUGCAUGCCGUGACCUGUUUCGUGACGCAGCUAGGAGUGCAUGUUUAUUUCAUUAUUUUGUUUCUUUCCAGUACCUUUCUGGCAGUAUUUUAUUGGGGAGUUUUGAGUCUUAUGUCCGCGUGAAUGCCAGCAGUCUUGAUUAGGUAGACAAGCGUGAAUUGUGUUGUGUCUGUGGUGAAGUCCAAAUGAGGGUCGUGUGGUGGCCAGCAAGGUGUCUGGCUGAGGCUGUGUGGCGUGAUUGUCACUCACCAGUUGUUGACGGAGGGUCGUCGUGCCGUGGUGAGUGCGCCACGCCGCACCCUCACGCGUCCUGCCGCAAAUCGUGAAAAGUUCAAAAUGUUCGUGGAAAGUUCAAAAUCAUAGAAUAUAUGUAUUAUAGUUUAUUAAUAAAGGUUUUUUUUACAUUUU